AUGAACUCAGUUCUAUGUUCAUUUGAAAAUCACACCGAAUUGCCAAUAACGGAAGCUCAUAAAAUAUUGUCUACUUCUUGGUACAAUCCUAAUCACAGUACUGUAAUAUUUUGCCACGGAUUUACUGGUGUUCCAAAUGGACCAGCAGUGAAGGAGAUUAUAAAAGCAUACAUAAAACAAGGAGAAAGUAAUGUAGCGCUACUCAAUUGGGAUUAUUUAGCUUCAGCGCUGAUGUCGAGUCUCGCCAAUUCAUAUGUAAAUUGGGCAGCCCCAAAUGCCAGACAGCUUGCUGUCCGACUCGUGGAUACAUUCCUUAACCUUUCGGAUGCUGGAUUAGAUUUAAAUAAGACUCAUUUGAUUGGCCAUUCCCUUGGUGCGCACAUUUGGGGUAUUACUGGAAAUAACUUGCAACAAAAAGGAGUGCUACUUCCUUGGAUAACAGGUUUGGAUCCAGCCGCGUUAGGAUUCGAGAUAAAGCCAGCGGCUCAAAGGCUCAAUCCUUAUUCUGCUGCUUUCGUGGACAUAAUUCACACAGAUCCUAGCAAAUACGGCAUGAAAACAUCAGUUGGCGUUGUUGAUUUCUGGCCUAACUAUCGAAAUUUAGGACAUAUGAGACAACCAGGCUGUCCCGACCGAGCAAGUCCUAUAUUAUCGAUGGAAGAUUUAUGUAGUCAUAACCGAAGUUGGCGUUUAUGGGUAGAUGCUAUUAAAUAUCCAGGUACCAUAAUGGGCUCCUACGCAAAAAACUACAAGAUUUGGAAAAAUUAUCGAGAAUCUGAGAGAAAUUCUAUCACUCUUAAAAUGGGUGAAUAUAAUUUGAAAGCACGUCCUGGAAAUUAUUACUUUGUAACAAAUUCAGAGUCUCCUUUUGGACGAAGUAGAGAAGGAUUA